AUGAUGUUGACCCCAGCAGCCGCGGCUCCCGGGGCGAAGUUCCAGAUGUCGCCGGCGGCUUCCAGCCCUUCCACCGUAGUUCCUGGUGCCGCGACCACAGGAGCUGCUUCCACGACGACCAAACAAGCCCCCGCACCAGGACAACAUCAAGUUGUUUCCACACCAGAACUAUGAACUGCAAGAGUAUCGUACUAUGUAUAAAUGCAAGUCUUGCACUUUUACAAAUAUUUUUCUUAAUGUAAAAUUUCUCAUGCUGAGAAUGAAAAUUUGUAAUGCAUUUAUACGAUAAUGCGAUACUUUUGCAGUUCAUAAGAACAAGGACCUCCUGCGGCUGCGCCUGCUGGUGCAGCUGCAGGAGUAUCUUCGACAAUGCCUCCAGCAGCUGGCGCUCCUGGAGGCGGUGGCGCCGGUGCAGCACAACAACCGCAGCAAGCAGCUGACGUGCGGGUUCUCCACCAGAUGACGUGCCCCCGCCUGAAAAAGCUGCUUCCGGCGGCGACGGGUCAUGCGCGGACUGCCUGAUGGAAGAUGCAUAAAAUCGUGUUUGGUCGUGCUGCCCGUCAAGAAGUAUUAAACUGGUGUUCACGGGGCGGGGGUGGGCUCCUUUUCAGCGUUAAUGCUUCGACCACAAUCAGACUUCCACACUUUCAACGAAGAAAAUGCACUUCACAUUGUUCCCUGACGUUUACAUAUUUGUCGCAGAUAAUGAAAAUAAAGAUUUGCUUCGAGUUUUUUUUUGUUUAAGAAUCCCGCGCGGAGCCCGCGCGUGCAAACACGCACUAUAGAUAGAUAGAUAGAAUCAGUAUAGCUGAAGCUGAUUCCAAAUAUUCCUGUUUCUCAUGCAAAAAAGCAAUUUGCAUGCUUUCCAAUUAUUCCAAAAUUGAAGUUUAAGUAGAGUCAAUCAGUAUGUUGUAAACGUUCUGGCCAACAGCAACAUGAACAUGAUGAAUUAGAAUUACUAUGCUUGUAUAAUUAAAUAAAGACUGCUGACAAGCACUUACAAGUUUCCAAUCUGAUAUUAUAAUAAACUCCGAUGCUGUAUUGAGUUUUCUCGUAGAAGAUACAUUUCAUCCGUUGCCACGGGAUGAACACGAAGGGAUUGAAGGUUGGACGCGACUAGCACGGCGACAUCAAUGGAAUUCGUUUCUUUCAUGAGGAGGAUACCUAUGGAAAACAAAGACGGAAUGAAAUUGAAAAUGAAAAAAAACUACAAUCGUGCUCUCGCUCUGUUGUCCGAACUACUACAAUUAUAACAUAAUUUCAAUUUGAGCAGCC